GACAGUCCAUCGAGCUCCAUACAAAUUGACGAAUCCAGUCCGACCUCGUCAAUCCAUCGAUCGAUCGAUCCCCUGCUUCGCUGGAUUAUUUCUUCGACGAACUGCCUCUCGGCGCGGUGAAAGAAUUCAGCCUCUGCAGUGUUUUUGCAGAUUUUUGAUGUGACUCCGUCCUCUGUUUCUUGUUGUGUUUUUAUUUAUUUAUUUAUUUAUUUAUUCCCCUUGAUUUCCUGAUGUUUUGUGUACAGUGCAGCGUUUUUGUUUGGGAUCUUUUGUGUGGAGAUGGGAGGGUUAGUGCGUGAAUUGUCUCUCUAGAUGCAGUUUGAAUGUCUGGUUGGUAAUUUGUUUCUGUGGAAAUUCAUGAGUUUUUGUUGGGAGUGAUGGCUUGGGGAUCAUGGUUUCUAACUUUCAUUUUCUGUGAUUGAGUUAUGCACAACUAGGAGGGGUUUGUUUUUUAUGAAGUUUUGAGAGGUUCAUGGUAAGGACGCCCCCACGUUCAGUCUGUCCACGACGAUCUUUUUAGGGGAAUUUGCAACACAUUGUUGUCGCUCAUGCACUGUUUCCAAAACAUGAGUUCUUAGGUUUUGGUUUUGUUGCGCCAUGUUUCUGAACUGAAGUCGUCAUUCUCUUUCAGUGUAUGACCAGGUCCUCAGUGUUUUGAGAAAAUGAAUUCAUUCCUUGUUCUUUCUUUUUUCAAAAGCUGGGGACUAGAAAGGUUGUACGUGUUGAUGGUCAGUACAUGCUAUUAGUAUUGUAGUCGUCUUGUCUCUUCCACCGAAUCGCAUUCAAGCUCUUGUGUUGCAACUCUCUGGUAUUCUGAUGACGAAUCUGUGUGGAGGGAACUAUUCAAAGAGAUAUUCCACUGAGGUCAGACAGCGCCAUCGACUAUGGGAAGCAGAUUCAAGGAAGAGACACCUUUCGCAUUAUACGACCCGGAGCGAGACUGGGAUGGGCAGAAACACAAUCCAUCUCGCGCCAGGCCCAUCCCAGUAUCUCGUGCCAUGCUUUCACCACGAGCACAACGAUCUGGGCUCGCGUAUUAUGACCCGGAGCAAGACCAUGAGCUCUACAUGAACAAAGGCACCAUGUACAGCAGGUCAGAGCCCCCUCCAACUUCUCCACGAGCGCAGCCAUUUGGAUAUUAUGAUCCAGAGCUCGACGGAGUGAGAGACCGUGAGAGAGCUAGGCAAGGCCAUCCCAUCCGGCACGUGGAUCCAGAAUCGUUACACAAAUCUCCACACAACACUAGCUACGGUGGAACAGGAUCUCCGCCGCGAGCUUGCUCUCCCCUACCUGACGAGGAAUUUGCAGCUGCAUCAGGACGAGGACGUGGUAGCGGCUACGGACAUGGUCCUCACCCUACUGACGAUACCAACGGAAGAAUACCAUCACUAGUAGACCGGGAACCUGGCUAUCAAAGACCAGUGAGACCCGACCGCAUGGACGAGGAUGAUCUGCCACGCCGUGGGGCGUCAUUCGGGAGAGGAAAAGAUUCUCCCGUGCCGCCCUUAGGAGCUGGACGAUAUGUCUACGAUGGAUUGCAACAACCAUACGCGCCGGCGUUUGAAGAAGACCUCGACGUCCCACCUGCUCCCAUCAGCUCCAAUCACGCACAUCAAGUGUACGCCACCGUUUUUACUGAUCCCGUGUACAAUCGUGCAGUUCAAUCGAACGCACAUGCGGGGUACAGCGAGGAACCGGAGAAACAGCGAGUGCAGCAUCGCAAGGAGGACGUGCUUCGUCAUCCUGACCAGUUUUGAUUGACACCGUACUCUGUUGUGAUUACCAUGGUGUAAUAGAACGAUGGAAGACGCUCCGAAUUAGCAUUUGAGAGGUCGAUCUAGGAUAUGGUCUUCUGUCUGCUCUGUUGUAGAUUCCUAGUGUACAGAAGAGCGAUUUUAUUAUUAUUUUCGUUUGAAAUAUUCCAUGAAGAAUUACUACCGUGGUCACUUCAUGACUGUCGAUUGAGUUGGUGACCCUUCCCUCCGGAGCACACAUUCCGAUUGUACUCGCAAUGAACAAGACACAGUACUCAAAUAGAAAAAAAAUGCCGGUCAACAAAGUUCGAGAAUGAGCUAAAGGGAAUUAAACCUUGAACCCUUAGAAAGCCCUGGCAAAGACACACCAUGACAUUGUGGAUAAACUCCGAUUUCAAUGGCAGGCGGCAAUAAGACAUUGCAAGCAUUGCAAAUCACGCCGACAACUGUCGAAAGGUGGAUGUGCCUUCUUCAAGAUUUUCAAUCCAAUGAAUUCAAGCCUCUUGCUGCAUUGCUUCACGAGUCCAACUUCAGCAUCUUCAUGAAUCCGUGCCUGCAUCGAUUACGUCAGCGGCUGUUGAUUGAUUUCAGAAUUAGUGUUUGCUGUUAUAAAGGGUUUGCGUUUGAAAGUCGCUAGUUGCGUCACAGCAUGUGGAUGUUCAGACAAUCUGGCUGUUGUUUUGAUCCAGAAGGCGGAUUCCUUUGUAGGUCUCGAGGAUUCUUGAAACUAGGAGUUACGCGCGUUCGUCGUGGUGAGGUCUCAGCGACUGUCUCGUGAACAAGAUAAUUGUGCUGAGAUUUGGAAUUUUGGUAAUAUCCUGCAUGACUUGUGCAGCUCAGACUGGUCUUUCGCCGUCCA